AAAAAAAAAAAAAAAAAAAAAAAAAACCGCGUGGAAGCUCAGCCAACCCACAUUGCGUAAACGUUGGGGGCCCCAUAAGAACAAGGCUAGAAAGCCGACGGCGAUAGCAAGUAGUGAUGCAUAAUGCUUGCGAUACGACGGCAUCGCCGGGAAGUGUGGCUCUAGAAGGGAAGCCAGACCGGUUAAAUAUCCCCGGUAUGUUGAAUUCGGGAUGUCUGGGAGGUUACCCCGACGCCAGCGCCGUAAAGAUCACUUUUUACAAUCAUCACCGAGCCAAGAAACAGGGGUUGAUCGGCCGGAUAAACAUAGCACCGGACCUGGUCCGGGAUUAUGAUUAUGGUAAUUUGACAUUGAAGGGGGAAAAGCUGGGAUAUUUCUAUAACAAGUUACCUGAUGCACCUGUCUUCGCUGCCUGGUUGCCUGAUUGCUGCCUUCGUUAGUAUCCUGUCGAUGAGCAUCGAGGUUAAUAUGAUGGUGAUGGCACGUCAACGUCGAUCUAAAAUGGUACAUCUAUCCAAUCACCCUCUCUCAUCUGAGUUUCUAUCAUACAUUUAAUCCAUCUAUCAUUAAAGGGAGAACAAAAAGUGAAAAACACCCAUACAAAUACAUAUCUCAUCCUGAUAUAAUCUCCCAAAGAGCGAGGCGAAAUUUCUCCCCUUACUCAGACCGCGUCACACUCCUCAAAUUCCCAAAACUCAACACAUCCCCAAUCCGCCCUGCCCCCGUAAACAACAUCACCAGUCUAUCAACCCCACACCCCCACCCGCCCGUCGGCGGUAACCCCCACUGCAGCGCCUGCACGUAACUCUCAUCCAUCUUCCCCUCCCCCUCCUCCUCCACCGCCUGCCCCUGGAACCCAAGCUGGAUCUCAAACUUGCGCCUCUGCUCAAACGGUGAGUUCUCCUCCUCGUACAUAUUCACCAUCUCCCGCUUGUCAACGAAGAGCUCCGCUCGCGCAGUCACCACUUGCCCGUUGGCCGGGUGGAUGAACGAUUUCGAGAGCGGCGAGAGACAUUCCGGGUGGUUGAUAAUGAAGGUUGGGUUUUUGCAUUGCGGUUCGAGGUAGAUGGAGCUUAGGCGGUCGAGGAGGCGGGGGAGGGUUGCGUUUGUCGGCGGUGGGUGGUGCAGCUGUUCGAAGAGGUCGAGGAUUAUUUUUGCUGCUUCUUCAGUAGGCGUGGAGGCAAAGUCUGGGAGCUUGUGGCCCAUUGCUGCCUCGAGAUCUGGGAUGAAGUCUAGGCGGCUGAAGGGCGCUGCGAAACUGGCUGUGGUUGGCGAUAGGGUUGGUAGUGUUUGGUUUAGAUUGUGAACGUGUUGCGAGAGACCCGUGAAAAUGGACUCGGUCAGUGAUAUUAACGUUUCUAGGUCGGCGAAUGCGUGGUAAAAUUCACAGGUUGUGAAUUCAGGGUUGUGAGUUUUAUCGAGACCUGUGGAUUUAACACCCAGUUUUAGAUGAUUGUUUUCUUGUUUCUCCCUGGAAUUACAAGGUAGAAAAAAUCCAGGGUAAGGGGGAAGAGAGUUUUUACCUUCAUUGCGAAAUGAUUGGCCAAUCUCAAACACCUUAUCGAACCCGCCAACAACAAGGCGCUUGAGCCAUAGCUCUGGAGCAAUCCUCAGCGACAGAGGUCGGUCAGGAAAUUCAGUUGCGGAUGUCUCGAACGGCCUAGCAACCGCGCCGCCGGCAACAGAUGCCAAUAUUGGCGUCUCCACUUCCAUGAACGACUUGUCUAGGAAAAAGGUGCGUAUGUACUGAAUGAUGGAUGACCGAGCUCGAAGGAUAUCGGCCGCGGUGGGGGAGGAGAGUAGUUGGACGUGCCGGUGAUACGGCGAAGAUUCUUGCUCUUUGAUACGGAGCGGGAUAUCGUGUAGGCAUGGCGUGAUGAGCUUGGGAAGCUCGGAUGCGGUCACGGAGAGCUCCCCGCGGCCUGUUCUAUGGGGUUUUCCGAUGGCAGCUAAUUUUCCGGACCAGUUAUAAAAUGUUAAUUUGCGUUACACAGAUCGCUUUGCUCGGUGAUACGAUAAGAAAUAUAAUACGACUCGGGGGGAUAAUGGUAACCUACAGAAAACAUCCCCACGCCGCAGCAGAUGAUAGAACUGCUUAAAUUUCUCUGGCGUCACGCCAGUGCCAUCCAGAUGUCUCUGGUUGCACAGAAUCUGCACUUUCCGUCCAUUCUGCACAAGGUCAAGAAAUAUCAACUUGCUCCCCGCAAUACGUGUAGAUUGUAUUCUACCUAAUCGCUUAAGUUAUGAGCGCAGGCCGAACCCUUUUGGUAUUCUUUUCUCCCUCCUCUAUUUCUUUUAGGAGAGAUAUUUCCCAAAAUCUAGGCUACAUACCAUAGAUAACCACUAAGUCCUGCUCUGCAGUUUCGUUCGGUUUUAUGUCUUUAUAUUUGGAGUGGAACUCGUCACAGCUGAUUGACCGCUUAUCGACGGACAGUCGUGGGUAUGGUUCUCGGUAAAUAUUUGUGAUCUCUGCGAUCCUGUUUUUCCAGCCCUUUUUAUCGUUCACGCUGGCUGCCUCUGCGACAGUCGGUGUAUUUGUUGACGACCAACGGACCGGUCGGAAGGUUUGCUGUAUCGCUGUUCCAUUCAGGGACGAAAUGUGUGAGCGGGCGAAACUAGAAAGUUUUAUAGAGUUGGAUUUCAUUAGCGGAUCUCCGAAGCGUUUCCGGGAUACAUUUAAAAAGUAGAUUAACGCAAAGCAAUUUGCAUAGCACAUUUUCAGAUUAAUGGUACAUUGUUUUGAUUCCUCUGCCUUUAAAGGGGCGAGGGCAGAAAAAA